CACCAACCAUGGCUGACAGUGACGAUUCUCGCAAGGAGAGUCCCUCUGGGACACAAGCCGCCUCGGAUGAAAUCAGGACUGCUGUUGACACCCAGACAAAGGCAGCAUCCCAGACUUCCUCGAACCAGCCUCGAAGGGAGUUGUUCAUUCGAUCUCUUCCCGCUUCAGCGACCACCGAGAGCCUCGCAGAACAUUUUUCGCAAUCCUACGUGAUCAAACAUGCCAUCGUCGUCACUGACCCGGAGACAAAACAAUCCAAGGGUUACGGCUUUGUGACUUUCGCCGAUGUCGAAGACGCGAAAGCUGCCUUGGAGGAACUCAACGGAUCUGUUUUCGCAGGCAAGAAGAUCAAAGUCGAAUAUGCCCAACCACGUCAUCGUGUUGUCGACGAGAACCUCGGUAAAUCUAAACCGUCUACUGAAGCUCUUGAAUUGAAGAAGCAAAGAGAACAGCAACGAGCGACCGCGGUGCCGCCGAGAUUGAUUGUUCGAAACUUGCCGUGGAGCAUUAAGGAACCCAACGAUUUGGCGGUGCUCUUUCGGAGUUAUGGCAAAGUCAAGCAAGCAUACCUUCCCAGAAAGGGAACUCAAUUGGCCGGUUUCGGGUUCGUGGUGCUGCGGGGAAAGAAGAACGCAGAGAAGGCGCUAGAGGGCGUCAAUGGAAAGGAGAUCGAUGGACGAACACUGGCAGUUGAUUGGGCUGUGGAGAAAAAUGUCUGGGAGAACCUCCAGAAAGAACAAGACGAUGCGGAGAAAGAAAAGCAGGAGGACAACCCCAAGGAUGUUGGCAUGGCUGAUGAGGAUGUGGAGGCUGCAGAGGCCGACUCUGAUGUUGAUGAGGAUGCUCUCUCCGCUAACGAAGACGAGGAUCUUGACAGUGAAGACGAUAUCGAUGAAGAAGCAUUGGAAGAUGAAGAAAUGGAUAUGCAAGAGGAAAACGGAGACGAAAGGGACGCGUCGACCAUUUUCAUCAGGAACCUGCCUUUUACGUGUGACGAUGAGAUGCUUUACGAACACUUCGCUCAAUUCGGCCCCCUUCGCUAUGCGCGAAUUGUCGUUGACCGAGAGACUGAGCGCCCUCGUGGUACCGGAUUCGUUUGCUUCUGGAAAGUGGACGAUGCAGUGUCAUGUGUGCGCGACGCUCCCAAGCAGCAGGACCCUCUCGCUGCCGACAAAGAUAAAGGCAAGAAAGCAUCCACGGCAUACAAGCAAUCCGUUCUACAAAAUGAAAACGCCGAUCCGAGUGGGCGUUACACCUUAGAUGGCAGAGUGCUUCAAAUCGCCCGUGCCGUGAGCAAGUCUCGUGCCACCCAACUGGAAGAAGAGGGUGUUUCUCGUCGACUGGUUCGUGAUACUGACAAACGCCGCCUUUACCUCCUUCAAGAGGGUACUAUCUCACCAAACUCCUCCCUCUACAAGAAACUAUCGCCCUCUGAAAUCAAGAUGAGAGAGGACAGUUACAAGCAACGACAGAACUUCAUCAAGAAGAACCCAAGUCUUCACCUAAGUUUAACCCGGUUGUCUAUUCGCAAUGUUCCCCGUCAUAUUACGUCGAAGGAUCUCAAACAGCUGGCUCGACAGGCUGUUGUUGGUUUCGCCCAGGACAUGAAAAGUGGCGUGCGCCAGCCCUUGUCGAAGGAGGAGCUGGACCGAGCUGCUGAUAUCAUGCGUGAGGCAGAGCAGCAACGGAAGAAGAAGGGUGUGGGAGUUGUCAGGCAAGCGAAAAUUGUCUACGAGAGCCGCGAUGGGAGCAAGAUCAACGAGGAAAGUGGAGCAGGUCGGAGCAGAGGUUACGGCUUCGUCGAGUACUAUACCCAUCGCCAUGCUCUUAUGGGUUUGAGAUGGCUCAAUGGCCAUGCGGUUGAACCUCCCAAAUCUGCCGCCCCUGAUGUUCAGGACAAGAAGAAACGGCUCGUUGUCGAAUUCGCCAUUGAGAAUGCCAAUGUUGUCAAACGCCGCAGUGAACAGCAAUCCAAGGCACGUAAUUUCAAGAAGGAUCAAGAACAAGAGGAUGGGGGCUCGAAACGUGAUUUCAAGGACAAGAAUUCUUCAACAGGGCAAAAGCGAAAGCGUUCCGACAACAGCAGCGACAAGAACGAUGUCGGGGAAGAUGCGGAUGAACAGAACAAAGUCGCAAAGCGUAACCGUAUCAUUGCGAAGAAGAGAAUGCAACGGAGGACUCGAAAGGGAAAGGCUUAAUCAACCACGGGUAAAUACAAAAGUUUUCAAGGGUUAUAUAGAUAGCUAGUGAUUAUUGCGCCUAUUUACA